AUGGCCGUGCUGCCGCUGCUGACGCCGUGGGGGGCCAGCCUGCAGAAGCUGUCCUGCAAAGCGUUGCUGUUCAGCCAAAGCGAGCGUGAGCCGCAGCAGAUCGCCGCCGCGACGGCGGCGCUGGCGUCCCUGACAAGGCUGCAGGACUUGCAGAUGGACUGCGGGGAGGGGCGCGGCGCCGCAGUGCUGGCUGCCGCGCUGCCCGCGCUGACCUCCCUGACGCGCCUCAGCCUCGAGGACUGGAGCUUUGCCGGCCUUGCGCAGGUGCUGCGCUCCUGCGCCACCGGCUGCCGCGGGCUGCAGGCGCUGCAGCUCGGCCGUAUGUGGUCAGAGGCGCGGGACCGCAAGGCAAGCCUCGACUGGAAAGAUCACGACUGGGCUGGCUACCACGGCCUGGAGCUGCCGGGGGUCACCAGCCUGACCCUCUGGACGGAGUGA